AUGGACAUGGACAAUAUCAUGUCUGGAGGCCCCGGCCUCACGGAUGCGGGCCUAAAUAUGUCGAAUUAUACAAUUGCAUCGGAAUUUCUAGCCGCGCUUCUCGAUGACACCACCCUGCAGCAGUCCGAUUAUGCUAUCGCUCGGGCUUUUUGGUACGGCGUUGUCAUUGUCAUUGUGCUGGCGGGCAUGGUCAACUGGAGUCAAUGGGGUCUACUGAAGUUGCGAUUGCGUGCAGCCGCAGCAAACCAUCCACGACCGUCAAGUCCAUCUAACUCAGUUACCUCCUUCCUAGCUUGUUGCACGGCUGUGGUUCGAGAAGUUUCCUACCAUCAGAUUACCCCCACAAAAUCGUGGCUGCGGAUACCAGCAGUUGGAUCAAUCCUGUUGAUUUUAAUAUAUCUUGGUUACAUCAUGGGAUUGCAAUUCUUUGAUUGGCACUAUCUUGGCGCUCAAUACUGGGAGGCACAGGGCCUCCGUGCGGGCUGGCUCACGAUAGCUCAAUUUCCACUUGUCCUUCUCCUUGCUGGGAAGCGGAAUCUGAUUGGAUACGCAGUAGGUGUGUCGUACGAGCGACUGCAGAUUCUGCACCGUUGGGUGGCAAGGAUCAUGCUGCUGACUGCUACCAUCCAUGGUGGUGUUCAAGCCUAUGGAUGGAGAAAAUAUGGUGUGAUGCAAAUUGAGAUUGACACUGAUAGCUGCAUACCUACAGGGUUCUCUAGCUGGAUUCUCUUGCUUUGGCUCGUUCUUUCCGCAACUGCUCCAAUUCGCAACUGGCGUUAUGAGAUAUUCGUGGUUCAACAUAUCAUCACUUUCAUUGGAUUCGUCGUGGCUGUUUUCUACCAUUUGCCUUCAACCGCACUGAGUUCAAGGAUAUACGCUUGGAUCGGGGUCGGUCUGUUUGUCUUUGACCGGUUGGUCCGGACCCUUAUCUACGCUUUCAACAAUAUGAAGCUCGCAAACUUCACCCUUCAUGGUCUCUCGGGAGAUGUCACGAAAGUUCGGAUAAAUUCCCCCCGGAUCAAAAAAUGGAGCCCAGGGCAGCAUGUCCUUCUGUCUAUUCCCGAGCUAGGAUUUGGUCAAUCGCACCCGGCGACAAUUCUCUCUAUUCCCUCAUCUCAUGACAAUGACCUAGUGUUCAUCUUGCGAGCUCAUCGAGGCUUCACUCAGCGGCUGCUCCGCUCGGCCAAAUCAUCCUCCACGGACCUAUCCCAGGGGGCUCGAGUAAAAGAGAGCACUAGCAAGGAGGAUGCUAUUCGGAUAAUAAAAGGGAAGCACUUCUCGCUCAUCGGCGGUCCUUAUGGCGGAUCCCAUUCCGAUUUUGCGGCAUUCGACACCGUCCUACUCAUCGCGGGAUCAACCGGCGUUACAUUCACUCUACCAAUAUUCCUCGACAUUGCUCAUAGGUCAGCAAAUCAACGGCUUCCAGUACGCAGAAUAGUGUUUGCUUGGGUCAUAAGGGCCAUUUCGUGCAAAGAGUGGAUUGCAGACGAGCUUCAACGGGCAACCGAAUCGCUGCUCAACGUUGGAAUUGAAAUUGAAGUGCGAUUAUUUGUGACUUGUGAGCUUGAUCCGAUGGAAAAAUCAACAAAGAAAGCAGGAUGCAAAUGCAGGAUUGUCGAAGGGCCGUGUUGCUGCAGUGAUUUAGGUAUUGAAGAAAGCCAAGCUGCUUCCAGCACAUUAAUCACUCAAGGAAGUGAGGAUCCAGACAUCGGAUCAUCUUCAUCCGAAAGUCUACGACAAAGGCAGCCGAAAAUGGGCAACUCGUUUCUAUCUGCCUGCUCCACAAUUCAGUCUGGCCGGCCUCAGCUGAAGCCCCUUCUCUGGGACCUUCUGGAUCAUGCCAAGGGAGAAACUGGUGUGGCAGUGUGUGGACCUCUGGGAUUAGUGAGCUGUGUUAGAAAUACGGUUGCUACUGUUAGUGAGCAACGCGGGUCAAACAAAGGAACCGGUGCUGAAGGUGUGUAUUUACAUGCAGAAAGUUUUGCGUGGUGA